AACCGGGUCAACACCUCUGACCCGUCAUUUCCCCGAAGAAGAAAACGAGCAGAGCUCGUCUGGUCCUUCAAUCGUAACAUUCGCCUGCCAUGGCGUCCGUUUCUAGGAGCCGGCCAACAACUAACGAGCGAUCCGGAGCCGGAGGGAAAAUAGUGAGAGGUCGGCAAAUCGCCGCCGCCCGCGCGAGAACUCCCUAUGAUCGUCCGGUCGCUGCCGGUGGUGCUCCUUCCCCAAACCCUAAUUGGCUCACUGGACUCAUUUUUCCCACCUCUCGGAUAAUUGCUACCGGUGCCACCAAACUUUUCUCCUCUGUGUUUGGUCCCGAAACUUCCUCGUCUUCCUCGUCUUCUGGUACCGAUUCCUCUUCAGAGGAUGGUAUGGAUGAUGGAAAUGAUGAUUAUGAUGUCCCUUAUGAUGACGGUGGUAGGCUAGAUGAGACUGGGGCUACAUCUGAAUUGAUUGAGUGCUUUGGGUCAGAGCCUCAACUAACUGCAGGAAAGAGUGAAAUCAAGCGUGUAAUAGAAAAGCUAGUUAUGCAGGAGACGUUCUCAAGGAAAGAAUGUGAUAGACUGAUAGAGAUUAUUAAGUCAAGAGUUAUAGAUGGUAGCACCAUGGAAGAGGAAAAGGAUGGAACGUUAGGUGGUAUACCCAACAGAACCAUUGGUGAUGUUACUCCUGAGCUAUGCAGUAAAGCUGUCAUGGAAGCCAAGCAAUGGUUAGAGGAAAAGAAGGUGGCAUCAAGCUCAAAAUUAGGCAUGGAUCGUGGAACUUGUACACUUAGCUCUGUCGCACAAUCGCAGCAGAAAGUAUAUUCUCUAUCCAGUGGAUCGUGGAAUAUCCAGGAGGAAAUACGAAGAGUGCGUUCAAAGGCAACAGAAGACAUGCUAAAGACAUCUGCACGAAUAGAUUUGCCAUCAUAUGCAUGGGAACGUAAAAGCCUCGAUGAACCAUUGUUGGCUGAUAAAAAGGAUUGGGAAGGGGGAGCCAAAUUGCACAACUUUGAUUUGUUUCCAGCAACAGGAUCAAUAAGUGCGUCGCUGGAGUUGGCUGCCGGAGCUAUUACUUCCCGUGGCUUACCAGCUUCAGCUUUAGAGUUGACACGCAAUAUUUCAUGGGAGGAAGAUUUCACAUCGCAACCAAUAUUUUCUUCUUCAGCACAAAUUCAGGAUUUGGAAGGCAUUCAGCUUGUUGAGGGAGAAGGACAUGCUGGUUCUAACUCACGGCUCCCAACCAUUCCAGAUCCUGCCGUAGAGCAUGAUACAAAAACUUAUUCUGCUGACAAAGAAGAGACUGAAUUAAGAGGCAACCCAAACACAAAUGGUUUCUGUAUUUCAGGAUCUAGUUUUGGUGCUGGAGAAGAACAAACCCUUAGAUCCUCACAUGACACGAGCCCAAAACCAGUCGGCUCAAACCUUGACAAUUUGGUUAAUAUUGUCCCCAUGGAAGAGACCUGUGAACUUCUGAGUGAAGCUUCCAUGGAGGUCCCAGUUAUAUAUGAAACAAAUAGUGGUGCAGCAGCAGGUGGCUCUCAAGGCAGUUGUACCAUGCAGUGUGAGGAGUUAUCACAUGAGCUGUCUCAACCAAAUCCGGAAGACAGCUUGGUGGGAAAAACCAGCACUACAGUUGAGAAGCAGCAGGGAAGGAAACUGAGCAGCAGAUACAACAGAAAAAGCAGAGGGGGAAGAGAUAGAUGAAGUCGAAAACGGGAAGUAUUAGUUUUUGUCCUUCAUUGCACUGUCUGCUGUAUUGUUCUGUACAUAGCCUAGAAGGGUUAUCCACUGUUUGUGGUCACAUCAAAUGUAUUCAUGUGUUUAACUUGUGAUGCGCUUUUGUCCAUGAUUGUUCAUUCAGGUGAUUUGCCCCAUGGGUAACUUGCACACUAACGACAAUAGUUGAAGAAUUUGGCAUUUGGAAAUGUAAUUUUGAAUUUCACUUA